UUUAAUAUUGAAUGUUUUAAGGCUCCAUAGCUUAUAACCACAUUAUAGUGUUCAAUAAAUUAUCCAAGGCUUUUAUCCCAGCUUUAAAUACUACAUAACUUGAGUGUGAUCUACUCUUAUUAGAACAGCCUCGUAGUUUGAUGAGGAAGUGCCAUACGGAUAUACACUUAAAACCUAAUGAGCUUUACACAAUUAUGAAGCAUUUAUAAAUAUACUUGCAGAGAAAAACAGGUUGAACAGGCUGUGAUGUCACACCUGUCACCAACAUGGUACGUGUUUCCUCCUGCCAGCCGAGCUUCUUCGUUUGUCCCAGCCUUCUGCCUGACUGAAUGAUCUCCUGAUGGAACCGCCUUCAUAUGAGGAAGCCCGUCUCCACCCGCCUGCACUGAGCUCAGUAGGAUUCAACAUCCCCCCUCCCCCUUCAUAUGAUGUGUCCCUCCACUCCCCCCCAACACCUCCUCCAACCUAUGGAGAAGCAGUAACAGUCCAGCCGGAUCCUUUUCCUGUCCUGACCCCACCUCGUGUGCAAACUGGUGUAUCGUCCCUGUCACCAAACACUGGAGCCAUAAUCCAUCCAACCACACAAGUUGGUGUAUCGUCAGCUGUCAGCGGCAGACAAACGCAGCCAGUCGUGACCCAGCCACAGCCUGUUCCUGUCGCUGUGACAUUUCUGAGAGACGUUCCCGCAAUGGUGCGCUGCCCGUACUGCCACCGAGUUGACACCACCAAAGUCACAUACCUGCCUGGGAGUGCUGCCUGGUGCAUGUGUCUACUUAUCACCAUGAUGGGGUUGAUCUGUGGUUUCUGUCUGAUCCCAUUCAUGGUACGUAGUCUUCAGGAUGCACACCAUUCCUGCCAGCAUUGUGGAAACCAUCUGCACACCUACAAGAGAUGACACCGUCAGGAGUAAUAUAACCUCUCUCUUCCAAGGGUCAACCCAAAAUCUCUCAACAUUCAUAACAUAUUUAUUCAGUCAUUAUGUCAGUCAGCAUGGAUAAACAAAGCAUGGAAUGCUAACAGCUCACUACACAAGCUGCACAGUGAAGUAAGAGUGUAUUUAGGUUAUGACACUGGUAUAGUGGAUCCUGCAGCAGGAGCUGUUUGAGGACUUUCCUCUGAAAUUUAACACAAUUUUCUCUCUCUUGGAAACAAAAUACUACAUACAGUCUUGGAAAUGUGAACAUACUGCUUGUCUUUGAGUGUCAACACUGAUGUCUUUUAACAGCUGCUUGAUGCCUAAAACCUUUUAUUUUCAUUUUGUAUUGCCAUCUUUCUUACUAUUUUCAUCUCUGACUGUGGAGAUGUUGUACAUUUUUGGAUGUUUGACCCGCACAGGCGCGUUUCUUUUGUAUGAAAGAAAACUAGGCAAAACAUUUUUUUGCACUUUUGACCACUCAUAAGGGUGUGUAAGGGGGUUUACAUUAAAAUGACUACAGUGGAGGAGAGUCUGUCCUCACACAGGGGACAUUUACAAUAUGAAAGAUGAUGUCUAAUCAGGGAUUAAAUCCAUAGUUUUGUUUUUUGUGAAAUUGAUUAAGUUAUUUUCUAUAUUUACAUAUACAGGAAAAAAACCUUUUCAUGUUUUUUGAUGCACCUACAGUAAGAAUUCAUGUUUACAUUAUUGAUGAAGGGGGCAACUUGUCUAAGCUAUUGACUGUAUACAUACAGUACUUCUGCCAUUGUAAUAAAAUGAGGCCAAAAUACCUCUGUGA